GGUCCUACUUCAUAACUUAACAGAAGAUUUGCGGAUGAAUUCCCCGGAUGCGCUCUUUAGUUUGAUUGGUUUUGUACUUGGUCUCUUCCCUUUCCCCUUCAUGUUAUUUCUCUUAUCGCUUACUUAUUCUUUCUCAUAUUUGAGCGCACAGAUUUUUGUGUUGUACACUCUGUCUGCCUUCUUGCUUCAUCUCGCGAUUUCCUUUGCGCCCAGUCAUUAUUUUACUGAGGCGCGUUGCAGCUUAAGUGGAAAUGCUUGGCGGGCUUUUGUUCUCGGCAGUGCUUUUUCACUCAGCGCCACUACAGCAGUUAGCUCAUUUCUACUUUUAACCCCCAAGUCCUUGUUACCCUUCACACUUUACUUAAUGCUUCUAAGCUUUUUUCAUUGGUCGGAAUUUUAUGUAACUGCUAAGUGGAAUCCUGCUCACUGUUCAAUCGACGUUUACAUGUUGACUCACAGUUUGGAAUAUGCUUUAGCUGUAUGCGCAUGUGCAGCCGAAUACUGGCUUGAAGUGUUGACUACUGAACAUCUCUACCCAAUGCUCUAUCAGACUCCGUGGUGUUUUCGAUUAUUUGGCCUCCUCAUUUGCCUUUCCGGUGAGGCCUUACGGAAGGCCGCCAUGAUCACAGCUUCCAGUAACUUUAGUCACAUUGUGGCCCAUACUAAGCACCACAAUCAUGUUCUGGUUACCCAUGGAGUUUACGGAUGGUUCCGUCAUCCUGCUUACGUUGGUUGGUUUUUGUGGGUGCUCGGAACACAGCUUCUGCUUGGUAAUCCCGUUUGUUUUGUCGGAUACACUGUUGCCACUUUUAUCUUCUUCCGCCGUCGAAUUGAACAAGAGGAGAGGCAACUGAUACAUUUUUUUGGUUCCGAUUACCUCGAAUACCAGAACAGAGUCGGUACCGGAAUUCCGUUUGUGCCCGGAUAUGUGAAUUAAAUGCGUGUAAUUAUACAUUAUUUUCUCUCCCACUGGCUUCCUUUUUCUUCGUCGUUGUUGGCUGUACACCGUCCAUUCGUC